AUGAGGAAGGUGUUAAACUGUCCGUUUGGUCGUCGGUUAUGCAGUUCGAAGGCUUCUGAUCACGACCAUGAGCUCACAACGUCAACAUUCAAUGUUAUGACCGGUGCCAAAGGAACAAUCAGGCUCACAGAGAGAAGAGGUUCGCUUUCUUGUUGUAAUUGAGUUGAAUUUUUAGAUAUCAGACCAAAAAAGAUACCAAGGAUCUACUCUCUUCCAUCCGAAGCCCUGAAUGGCUUUUAUAAUGUCCUUCAAGGUUCAGAGAGGAUUCCAAAGCAAUUGCAACAUGAGGCAGAUCAAGUAAGGAGAGUAUUCUUUAUAUUAUACUUGUUAUUUCGUUAGUUGACCAACAAAAUAAUCCAUCGGAAGAUGCCUGCGGAUCCAGAAGAAGUCCGAUUGGCCAGGAAGACGAAUAACAUGAGGCAUUACAAGUGGAGGCCUAUGGCCUUUCAAACUCGAGAAGAAUGCGCCGGAUAUGCAUUGUCAAGGUAGGGUUAAUAUAACUUAGGUAAUUUUGAUGGCAUAAAUAUUGUUACAAUACUAUAUUUAUCGUGUAACUAGUACAAUUAUGCUCUCUAGGCUACCGGGGAAUUAUGCCGAGGCCAAGUUUGUCCUGGAUCAGCUGGAUUUGGAUGAUUUUUCUCCGGAAUCCAUACUAGAUUAUGGCAGUGGAAUUGGUGGAGUCUUCUGGGCAGCCAGAGAAAAAUGGGACAACUCGCUCAGAGAUUACUGUUGCGUAGACCCGAACGUUGAAAUGAAUCAUCUGGCGAUGGAUAUUAUGAGAGUAUGUAGUCUUUUCCAUGGAUAAUAUAUUUUAAUGUCGUAUUUUGGUCUUAUAUGUUGAGUAUUUUCAGGGACCUGACUCCAAGUUGAUCGCUCCUUAUGUAAAUUUCCGGCGAACGAUGGUCCCUUCCCCCAGAGUUACGUAUGAUAUUGUGGUAGCUCAGAGGGUUCUCCCGGAGUUGCCGUCGUCCAACUCUAGGAUCGAUUUAAUCUCUAUGUUAUGGUCGAAGACGAACAAGUAUCUGAUACUGAUCGAAUCAAAUCUUUUGGACAGUUUCACGUCCCUGAUGAACAUUCGGGAUUUCGUUUUAACUGCCGGAUUCAAUUUUGAUAUCCCAGGCUUGGCAAAAAAAUUGAAAAUAGAAGGCAAAUUGGAUGCAGAGACGGACGAAAUCCUCAGAGAUCGGAGAGCGAGUCCUUAUGAGAAGUACUGUCUACUGAAGAAAAAGGUGAGCUGUUUAUUACAUUACUUUAUUCUCAAUUUAGAUUCAAAUAUCAACAGAAAUCGCCCCAGGGCAUGUCUUUGCUCCGUGCCCUCACGAUUCUGGAUGCCCUCUUUCAACUGGCAGGGGAUACUCGUACGUUUUAAGAUGUUUGUGAUUGAGGAAAAGGAUGUUUUUACAUCUUUUUAUUAUUUUAGAGAGCCCUGCGCAUUUGAAGCCAAGAUCCCCGAAAUCAGAGUUGAUGGGAAAACAAGGAGCAAACACGAAGAUAGAACUCUCAGAUCCAAGUUUACUUAUCUGAUAUUGAAGAAGGGAGAGAGAACAGUGGGACAAAAAGCAUUGCCCAGAAUUCUCAAGGUAAGCAGGAGAAUACGGUAUUUUGGAUUAUUUAAAUUGGUUGUCUCUGCGUGAGUUCCAUAUAUUACAUUAUCCAUGACAUUUUUAGAUAAAUCAUUGCGGAAAACACGUCCAAUGCAAAGCAUGCACUGCCUUUGAUGGUCUGCAAAGAUUCACGGUCUCUCGGAAAGAUGGCCAUGUAUUCAAUAGGAUACGAACAGUAAAAGAAGGCCAUCUUCUCCCAUUUCAUGUAUGUUUUUAUCAUUUAUACUCCCCGCCAAAAGUUUUGACCCCCCUUCUAACUCGGUCCAAAAUGUACCAAUUUGGACCAAAUUAGGUACGUAGUCUACUGACAGCCUAGUAAUAAAAAAUAUCAUAGUAGGACAAACCAUAUAGCUGUAUUUCAAAAUCCAGGGACAAUUUUCAAAAAUCACCUCAAAAAAACGGGACAAAAGUUUUGACCCCCCUGCAAAAAAAUUAAAUAUCGCCACCGGAUGUAGCCCGACCCUUUUACAAUCGAUGCCCCAUACCUGAAUACAGAUUAAUAAAUGCUUUUUCGUUGAAUGCUUCGUUGCAUUUGAUGAUGCAACGCGUUAAACUGAUUUUGAUGUAGAGCUGCCCAAAAUGGUAAAAAUCUUGUACUGGCCCUUUCUAAAAGUUCUAAAUUAUGUUCACAUCAUGUGAACUUGACGUGUUAUAACCUGCAUUAACCUUUUCCUUUCGAAAAAAGUCCAUGAUGGCCUAGCGGUAUCGAUUCGGCCGAUAUUCAGUUGUCAUGGUCAUCCUUGGUGAGCCGUUUGCUCUUUCGCUAAAGGGCUAGAUGUGGUCGAUAUGUCCUCAAUCUAAUCCUGAGACUCCUAUUUACUCUCAGCAGGGUAAAAAGUUUCGAUUUGACGCGUUUUGGAAUGGGUUUCAUUCACCUUAAUCUUAAGUUUGCCGUUACUGUAGAUGCCCCUGAGUACGAUGCCAUCCUCACCGCCCAUUUGUCAUUCCAUACGUCUCAAACGAGUAUGGCGGGUGCUGUAGCGUCCUAAAUUAUCUGGCCCAUCAAAUGAAAGCCAUUUUUGGUCGCAAAAAAUCCAUUUGAAAAAAGCGGGUUUUUCAUUAAGGUGCAGAUCGGCAAAGUUGCAUCUUCAAACCAUAUGAGAUCGUGUUAGCGGGAGUUUAUUCUUGGUUUAAGAGUUGAUAUGAGUCUCAGGAUUAGAUUGAGGACAUAUCGACCACAUCUAGCCCUUUAGUGAAAGAGCAAACGGCUCACCAAGGAUGACCAUGACAACUGAAUAUCGGCCGAAUCGAUACCGCUAGGCCAUCAUGGACUUUUUUCGAAAGGAAAAGGUUAAUGCAGGUUAUAACACGUCAAGUUCACAUGAUGUGAACAUAAUUUAGAACUUUUAGAAAGGGCCAGUACAAGAUUUUUACCAUUUUGGGCAGCUCUACAUCAAAAUCAGUUUAACGCGUUGCAUCAUCAAAUGCAACGAAGCAUUCAACGAAAAAGCAUUUAUUAAUCUGUAUUCAGGUAUGGGGCAUCGAUUGUAAAAGGUUCGGGCUACAUCCGGUGGCGAUAUUUAAUUUUUUUGCAGGGGGGUCAAAACUUUUGUCCCGUUUUUUUGAGGUGAUUUUUGAAAAUUGUCCCUGGAUUUUGAAAUACAGCUAUAUGGUUUGUCCUACUAUGAUAUUUUUUAUUACUAGGCUGUCAGUAGACUACGUACCUAAUUUGGUCCAAAUUGGUACAUUUUGGACCGAGUUAGAAGGGGGGUCAAAACUUUUGGCGGGGAGUAUAAUUUGGUAUAAUAUUACGUGAUACUAUUGUAAUAUAUUUUAGGAUGAAAUCGUCAAAUCACAGGAUGAAAACAUCGACUUCAUCAAUCAAAUCUAUGAAGAAGAGAAGGCCCAGUUACAGUAG